UGUCCAGAACACGUGCUCAGUAUCGCAGUUUGGGGAAGCCUUCUUUUCGCAGACGAGAGAGCCAAACUCCCGAUCGUGCAUCUUCGGUUUUUUUUUGUUAAUUAUAAAAGUUGGUCGCUGUGUCCAAGGUGGUUGUUGUUUGCAUGCAGCUACUGGUUCUCGCUUGUCUCGUCGUUUGUCAGCCUGCUGUUUUUGUCUGUGCUGAGGAACACCAGGGAGCUGAGGCGGUGCGGGUGAAAUGCGGUGGUCGCGGCGGUGAAAGCCGGUGACAGCACUAGGCCUGCGCCAUGGUAGAGGCGGCGGCACAGACCGCCAGGAGGCGCUGUCGAGACGCCGUGCCAGCGCGCCUCGUGGUGGCCGUCAUGGCCUUCCUGGCGUGCUGGAUCAACUACAUGCUGCGCAUCAACAUGACCGUGGCCAUCAUCGCCAUGGCGCCGCCCGUGGAGUCUGCGCAGAGCGACCCCGCGUGCGCGCCCCUGGCGGCCUCCGGCAACACCAGCACCAGCAUCUCCGCGGUGCCUGACCUGGGCCCGCGCUACGACUGGGGCCCGGACGUGACCUACGCCGUGCUGGGCGCCUACUUCUGGGGCAACCUCCUGACCUGCCUGCCUGGGGGCCUGCUGGCAGACCGCAUGGGGGGCCGGCGCGUCGUGCUGUGGACAACCCUGGCCUCGGGGCUGCUCACCCUGCUGCUGCCCGCGCUGGCGCAACUGCACUGGGCACCCCUGGUCGCCUGUCGCCUGCUCGUCGGCUUCUGCGGGCUGGGCCCGCGCUACGACUGGGGCCCGGACGUGACCUACGCCGUGCUGGGCGCCUACUUCUGGGGCAACCUCCUGACCUGCCUGCCUGGGGGCCUGCUGGCAGACCGCAUGGGGGGCCGGCGCGUCGUGCUGUGGACAACCCUGGCCUCGGGGCUGCUCACCCUGCUGCUGCCCGCGCUGGCGCAACUGCACUGGGCACCCCUGGUCGCCUGUCGCCUGCUCGUCGGCUUCUGCGGGGGACCCUGCUGGCCAUCUCUGCACUCACUCUUCAGCAAGUGGGCGCCACCAGAAGAGAAGAGCAAGUUCAUCUGGAGCCUGUUCGGGGGCGUGUUCAGCACGAUAGUGAUGCUGCCCCUGGGAGGCGCCGUGGUGCAGUCUCUGGGCUGGCCGGCGUUCUUCUACGGCACGGGGUCUCUGGCGGUGCUGUGGUGCGGCUACUGGUGGUACCUGGUGCACGACUCCCCGCACCAGCACCCCCGCAUCUCCCCUGAGGAGAGGGACUACAUCACCCGGGCCCUGGCCGGCGCCACAGGGGGCAAGAGACCGCGGUUCCCGGCAAGGCGGGUGCUGACGUCACUGCCCUUCUGGGUGCUGGUCGGAGCGCACUUCGGCAACCUGUGCGGGCUGUUCUUCCUGCAGAGCAUGGCGCCCAAGUACAUGAGCGACGUCCUGGGCUUCGACAUCGAGCAGAGUGCUGGCCUCGCCUCUUUGCCGUACGUGGCGCGGCUGCUGUUUGGCCUGGGGUUCAGCUACGUCUCUGAUUGGUUGCUGUCCAGCCACAGGGCGAACACGUGGACCGUGCGUCGAUGGUUCACUGUCUCCUCACACCUGGUGCCUGGAGCGCUGCUGGCAGCCAUGGGCUUCACGGGCUGCGACCCCGCUCUCUCCGUGGCGCUGCUGACCCUCGCGCUGGGCGCCAACGGGGCCUCCACCAUCACCAACCUCGUCAACCAGCACGACCUGGCACCCAACUUCGCAGGCAGCCUGUACGGGAUCAUGAACACAUUCGGCACGCUAGCAGGGGGCCUGAGUCCAGUGCUGGUCAGCUUCAUCACCAGGGAGAAGAGCGGCCUGCAAGAGUGGCGGCUCAUCAUGGGCGUCGUGGGAGCAGUCUACUGCGUCACGGGACUGCAGUUCAUGCUGCUGGGCACGGCGGACAGGCAGCCCUGGAACGAGCCGCAGCACCCGGAGGAAACCACCGAGUCCCAGGGUCCGGCUGUCCUCACCACCAAGAUGUGAGGCUGGCCAUACCGUGUGAACCUGGCUCCAGUGCCAUUGGCUGGCCUCGCUGUAUAGUAGUCAGUCCGUGUGAACCUGGCUCCAGUGCCGCUGGCUGGCCGCAUAUCGAUAUAAUCUAUAUAACAAAUUUUAUCGCAUGUACAAUGAAUUCACUCUGUCUCAACUCUAAGAAUAGCGUAAUUCUCACAAGCUAAAGCGGGAAAUAUGUUUCGAUUGAUUACCAAUCAACUAACAUGUGUUGUAUUUUUUUUUUUUUAAUUCGUGAUACGAAUUUUACGAAUGAUUUUUGUUUUUACGAAAACGUUAUAUUGUGUAGGCUAUAGUUAUUGUAUCUGUCAGGUAUUUAACACGUCAUUUUAAAAUAUAUUUGUAACUAGGUUUUUUUUACAAAUAAGUUUAUAAUUAUAUUAAUAUGUCUUAAAGUUUAGUUUAAAUUCCCGUUAUUAUUAUAAUAUUGGUUAAGAUAAACAAGUCCAUUGUUUUGUGUAGUUUUUAAUAGUGUUAAAAAUUAAGUCUGUGGUGUAAUAUAUGCAUUAUGUUUUUCUCCUACUGUUAAUACUAUUACAUAUUUGUUCGUUUUCAAAAACUUUGAAGCAGGCAUAUUUAUUUAUACGAUGUGUAAAAAUUUAUAAUAAAGUUUGGAAAUAAAUAGUAUUAU